AUGGUAACUUUGCUAGAUAUUGUCCGAGGCAGAUACCCCAAGAGAGGUCGAGGUUAUGGAAAUCGAGGAGGAAGAAAUGGUGGAGGUUGCAGUACUGGUCAGACUUCACAGGCUGGUGGAAGUCAGGCCAGAGUCUUUGCAUUGAAUCCUCAUGAGGCUCAGGCUUCCAAUGCUGUUGUGCAAGAUACAUUUCUUAUCGCUUCUCAAGAUGCAUUAGUUCUAUUUGAUCCGGGUGCUACGCAUUCAUUUGUUUCUCCUAGUUUUGCGGUUAAGUUGGGAAGGCAACCCGCUUAUUUACAACGUCCUUUGUCAGUAGCUACCCCAGUAGGCGAGAGUAUAGAAGUUAGCGAAGUUUAUCCUUCUUGUCCUGUGAGUAUUCAAGGGCGAGAGUUGAUUUCUGACUUGAUUUUGCUAGAAGUAUUAGCUUUCGAUGUUAUACUAGGAAUGGAUUGGAAAAGUGGAGAGUUACAAGAUGUACCGGUGGUGUCUGAAUAUCCGGAUGUUUUCCCCGAAGAAUUGCCUCGAUUACCACCAGAUCGAGAGAUUGAGUUUUGUAUCGAGUUUGCUCCUAAUACAGAACCAAUAUCUAUACACCCGUAUCGGAUGGCGCCAGUAGAGCUAAAGGAACUUAAAAACCAACUAGAAGAGUUCCUUAAUCGUAGGUUCAUAAGACCUAGUGUAUCGCCAUGGGGUGCACCAGUGCUAUUUGUCAAGAAGAAAGAUGGAUCACUAUGGUUAUCUAAGAUUAUCGUUAGUUGA